AUGUCUUACUUCCAUUACUUCAGUCUGAGCUUCAUUGUCAUACUUGCGUUCUCUCUUGCCUCGCGCAAGCUUGGUGAAUUCUACUUCCACUCAAACACUCAACAUGAGGUACCAUUCCGUGCAUCUUUCAUCCCAAGCAAACCCACUUCGAACGUACAAUCCACCAAGAACAAUGGCGAUCCGUGUAUCGCAUCCUAUCAAGAUAUCGAGCCACUCUCAAAUUUUGACUGGAGGACCACUGAACCGAUUAAGCUACGGCCGUUUAAGCCGAAAUUUCACCUGACAAUGGCCAUCGAGAACACAUCUAUAUCCGACCUGAUCCCCUUCGACAACACCUACCUCGACCGUAUAAGACUCCGCCGCCGUCUCCUAUCCACGCUUAGCACUGAGAUCAUCGCCGCACACCCAGUCGCACAGCCCGCUGUCCACGAAUUCUACACCUGGGUCUUCACAAUCUACCUACCAAGCCGGUACCCAACCAUGUUCACCCUCGCCCCCUCACCCUCUGCCCCUACCUCUCUCACAAACCUCAUCACAUCCGAAUCCAUCCCUCUCCUUGCACCGCUCAAUCCCCUCGAAUGCCUCCGCACCAUCGCCGCCCACAUCGACGACGACUUCCUCUUCCUGCUCCCCUCACCAGAGCACUCCACCGCCAAAGACCAAUACAUCCUCCGCGCCUACGCCACACUAUUCCCCUCCGGCUUCAACCCAGCCACCAAGCUCAACAGAACCCUCCGCGAGAUCCACGAGCCCGUGCCACGCUACGCAUCCAAGCUUGCGUUCAGCAUGGACCGCUUCUUCCGCUGCAUGCCCGUCGGCCGCGUGGUCAAGCGCGCGAAUUGGACUGUUACCACCUCGCGCGACCUGCAUGUGCUUUCGGGGACACAUGCCAGUGCUGCAGAGGCGGGAGGGGAUGGGGCUGGCCUGGAUAAGGCGCGCGAGGAUGUGGAUUUGGGAGAGACGGUGUUGCGCGCGGAGAGGCAGACGUUGCAUCGUUUGCCGGGGAGUGGGGCACUGGUUUUCGCAUUUAAGACGUAUGUGUAUGAGUUGGGGGAUGUGGUUCGGGAGGGCAGGGGGGAGGAGUUGGCGUGUGCGAUUGAGGGGUUGGGUGAGGGGGGUGUUGUGGGUAUGAGGGGGUAUAAGAGGGCGGAUGUUUGGGGGGAGAAGGUUUGUGCGUUUCUGAGGGGAGGUGUUGGUGGAGAGAUCAAGGGUUGA